AUGGAGCGAGAGCCAAUGCGCAUCAGGGAGGGCUACUUGGUUAAGAAGGGAAGCAUGUUCAAUACCUGGAAGCCAAUGUGGGUUGUGCUCUUAGAAGAUGGAAUUGAAUUCUACAAGCGGAAGGCUGACAACAGCCCCAAAGGGAUGGUCCCACUCAAAGGCAGCUCUAUUAACAGCCCCUGCCAAGACUUUGGCAAAAGAAUGUUUGUCUUCAAGCUCACUGCAGCCAAGCAGCAAGACCACUUCUUUCAAGCUGCCUACCUGGAGGAGAGAGAUGCCUGGGUACGGGAUAUCAAGAAAGCAAUUCACUGCAUAGAUGGAGGCCAAAGGUUUGCCAGAAAAUCCACAAGAAAGUCUAUCAGACUGCCUGAAACAAUCAAUCUGAGUGCUUUGUACCUCUCAAUGAAAGAUCCUGAAAAGGGAAUAAAGGAGUUGAAGCUGGAAAAAGAUAAAAAAGUGUUCAAUCACUGCUUUACAGGUACUUCUGUGAUUGACUGGCUCGUGUCCAGCAAAUCCAUCCGAAAUCGUAAAGAAGGUCUCAUGCUUGCUUCUUCCCUCUUGAGUGAAGGUUACCUACAGCCUGCAGGGGAUACCUCCAAGGCUGCUGCUGAGGGACUGUCAGACACUCCCUUCUUAGAUCUCUAUGAUGCCUACUACUACUUCCCUGACAGUGGUUUCUUCUGCGAGGGAAAUUCUAGUGAUGAUGAUGUGAUCCUGAAAGAAGAAUUCAGAGGCAUAAUAGUCAAACAAGGAUGCUUGCUGAAACAGGGACAUCGGAGGAAGAACUGGAAAGUGAGAAAGUUUGUCUUAAGAGAGGACCCUGCAUAUCUUCACUACUAUGAUCCUGCUGGGGGAGAAGAACCACUAGGAGCAAUUCACUUGAGAGGCUGCGUGGUGACAGCAGUGGAAGAUAUGCCAGACUCCAAGAAGUAUGAUGCUGAGAACAUCCUCUUUGAAAUCAUCACAGCAAACGAUAUCCACUAUUACUUGCAAGCAGCCUCACCUGCAGAGCGAACAGAAUGGAUCAAAGCAAUUCAGGCUGUUUCUAGGACUGGAAAAUGAAGAUGAUCUGCCAGUGAGAAUACAGACAACUGAAAUUAGUUACUCUGAACAAAACAGGAUAUUUAGCAUUUUGCU